AUGGAGGGUGAGUUGACCGAGCUGUUACAGAAAUUUUCCUUAGCUGGAAAUGAGCUUGCGGGAGCUAUGUUGAAUCCAGAGGAUCUAAACAGUGAAGUUAGAGAAUGUGAAGGAAGCUUGAUAGGCAGAAUUAUGGGGGAAAAAGUAGCUAACUUUACAGGGGUGAAGAACUUUGUUGCCGCUGCUUGGAGCUACCCCAAAAACUUGACAGUCAUGGAACUAGGGCCCAAUUUAUACCAGUUUAACAUUCCUAAUCUGGAAGAGAGAGAUAGGAUUGUGGAAGGGGGUCCGUGGGUGAUAGAUAAUCAAGUGAUGAUUCUUAGGAUGUGGUCAGAAGAGAUUGAAGAAAAUUAUGGAGCUUUUGCUACAGCACCUUCGUGGAUGCAACCAUGGAACUUGCCAGUGCAUUGGCUAACUAAAGAGGUGGGUAGGAAGAUUGGAGCUGUGUUUAAAGAAGUGAAAGAGGUUAUUAUACCUCAGUCUGGGGGAAAAGAGGGUAGACAUCUCAAAAUCCUGGCCCUUGUAGACCUAUCAACACCUCUCCUUAGAGGUACAGUAGUUCAAACAGCAGGAACAUUUAAGUGGGUAGUUUUCAAGUAUGAGAGAUAUCCAGACUUUUGUUAUAAUUGUGGUGUGGUAGGCCAUAGUGAAAGAUCUUGUAAAGAGCAGAGAGUUACGAUGGCAAGGCUCUCAGAGAACCAAUACGGCCCUUGGAUAAGAGCAGGUAGUACCAUAAGUCCUAGUAAGGAAAGACAUUUGAAAGCUGAUCUGAAUAAGGACAAAAGAUAUUGA